CCGAGCAGUUAUGACCCGAACUAGUUCCACUCCUAACCACCUAUUUACUGCACAUACGACAGUAGAGUACAGAGUAGUCGUCACCUACUGUACAUUCAGGAGAGUGUCAAUGCAGAAUGCAGCUUGCAGACGGAGACAUCGUCACACUUCCAGUGCACUGAUCUCCACUUUUGCGGAUCUCCUGCAUGUGAUGACUGGCGAUGUGAUUGGGUUUGAGACCUGAACCGUGGUAGAAAAGUGAGACUCCCGUCUGCACUGUAUAGCCUUAGGGGGGCCAUGGCAAUGG